UUGGAAAGGAACAAGAAUCUAGAGAUGGAAGAUGAGAUUGGGGAUCAAGUUGAGCCAGAAAAGCAGGAAGGAAAUCAAACAGAGAUGUGGACGAACGAACCUGUUUCUUGGCAGGGUGACAAUUUCCACGAAAUCUCAGUUCAGCAGGGAAAACAGAAAGGGCAAAGAAAAAAUGUCUGCCCAGUAUGUGGGAAAAGCUUCAAUCGCAAGUCAGACCUUAACGUUCAUUGGAGAAUCCACACAGGAGAGAAGCCAUACAAAUGCCUGGAGUGUGGAAAGAGUUUCCGGCAGCUAGCAAGCUUCUCAUCGCAUCAAAGAAUUCAUACGGGAGAAAGACCAUAUAAGUGUUCCGAGUGUGGAAAGGGAUUUUAUGACAAAUCGAGCCUGGUGAUCCACCAAAGAAUCCACACCGGGGAGAAACCGUAUCAGUGCUUGGUGUGUGGGAAAGGCUUCCAUCAAAGCUUCGGCCUGACUUCCCACCAAAGAAUCCACACCGGGGAGAAGCCAUACGUUUGCUCGGAAUGCGGAAAGAGCUUCUACGACAAGCCACACCUGACCAGACACCAAAGAAUCACACGGGGAGAAACCGUAUACUUGCACGGAAUGUGGAAAGAGCUUCAGCCAAAUCACGAGCUUCACUUCCCACCAGAGAAUCCACACCGGGGAGAGGCCCUUCAUGUGCUCGCACUGUGGGAAGAGCUUUUACGACAAGUCCAACCUUCUCACCCACCAAAGAAUCCACACGGGAGAGAGACGGUACGAGUGCCUGGAGUGCGGGAAGACCUCAGUCAGAAAAAGAGCCUCACCUCCCAUCAAAGCAUACACACAGGAGAGAAACCGUAUCAGUGCCCGGAGUGUGGGAAGUAUUUCAGGCAGCAAACGGACCUUACUUCACACCAGAGAAUUCACACCGGGGUGAGGCCUUUCCAGUGCCUGGAAUGCGGGAAGAGGUUUUACCGAAAAGCGGAUCUAAACAGACACCAAAAAGUUCACACUGGGGUCGGGAGACCCAUUAUCGCUUGGAGUGUUGAAAUGGCUUCAGACGGCGUAUCCAUCUUAUGCCCUCUAGGGGAAUUUACAGAGGAAGGCCAAUGUGUGGCUUCUGAGAUUAAACAAGAACCCUGCUGCUAGCACAGCCACCAGAGAACCCACAUAGGAAAUCCAACUCCUCUGCCCCAAAUGAAUCCUUGGUGUGUGGGGACCGUAAAAGAAGCUUUCGGAGAAUUGAAAAGCUUGCUGACUAUUUUGUGACAUUUCAGUUGGCCCAAAGAAAGGUUUUUGCCUUACUGUGGACUUUUCUUAUUUUGUACUCGUUAUUUUUGCACUUAAGAUUUCUGU